AUGCCACCGACCACCGUCUCGCGCGCUGGCGACGCGUCCGAUGACGAUGAAGAUGCCAUUCGAUCGUCCUCUCGCCGAAGGAAUCGAGGAGGAGCUUCAGAAAAUGCUCGGGAUUUUGAGGUAACGCGGACCUGGGAUCUUUUGCAGGAAGGAGAGGACGGUACACUCACAGGAGCAGUCUUCGAUCUGCUGGAAUCGGACAAGAGAAGGCGUCUAAUCAAAGACACAACACCAUUGCAGCGAGGUAUUAUUCGCCAUGUUAUCCUCAUCAUCGACAUGUCAAUUGCCAUGGCUGAGAAAGACCUUCGACCGACCCGUUACCUCUUGACGAUCACGUAUCUCGCACAAUUUAUCAACGAGUUCUUCGAGCAAAAUCCUAUCUCUCAGCUUGGCAUAGUUGGCAUGCACGAUGGCAUCGCAAUCCGCAUUUCAGAUAUGUCUGGAAAUCCCACAGAGCACCUAUCGGCAGUGGCGAAGAUGCGAUCCUCCCACGAGCCCAAAGGCAAUCCUUCACUGGAAAAUGCCCUGGAAAUGGCACGUGCUGCUCUGUUCCACGCACCGCAGCAUGGUACAAGGGAGAUACUCCUUGUGUUUGGUGCAUUACACACAUCAGAUCCCGGCGACGUGCACGUCACUAUUGCCAACCUAGCUCUUGCUCAUAUCCGAGCAUCAGUCAUUGGACUAGCAGCACAGGUUGCGAUAUGUGCCGAAUUGGUAGCCAAGACAAACAACAAAUCAACGGCGAAUUAUCAUGUGGUCAUGCACGAGCAGCAUUACCGAGAGCUCCUGCUCAAUUACACUACGCCGCCUGUCACAUACACUACGCCGGCAUCUGUCAAAGCGCCUGCUGGUAGCUCUGGCUCAUCAUUGCUGAUGAUGGGAUUCCCUUCGAGAACAGUAUCCACGAAGCCUACCUUGCUAUCUUUGCUCGAGAUGCUCAACCAAAGUGUGCUCCCUGCCAUCCGAAUGUCCAGUCUGUGGGUUGACUUUGAUCUUGUCGACCCAUCUGGCGCGAUCCUAUCAUCAUCUAUUCCCACUACACAACUGGCUGGAAGUCCCCUGGUCAGAAGCUUGGCGCAGUAG